AUGACCCGUCGCGUCACUCAGAGGCUUCAAUCCUGGACCUGGUCCCCAGCAGCAGCAGCAGCUCACGGCCCUUGGCAACGGCAGCAUCUAUCCCAAUGGAGGGCAUAUAGACAACUGCAGCGAGGUUCUGCCCUUGCGAGGCUGCCGACGCGGAGAUGCAUCCAUACACAGCAGGUUUCGGAUGACGAGAUUGCGACCUUGGCUCGGCAGCAUCAACAUCCACUCAGCCUUGCUGAUCUUGUGAGACAUGGACGUCCUCCCCUCGCUGCCGAUUCCCUUCUAUCGUCUGCAAACUUCGCCCUCUCCCUCCUCCCCGUGCGCCUCGCCCACCGCAUCCAGGCCCUCCGCAACCUCCCUUACAUCGUCGUCGCGAACCCCAACAUCUCGCGAAUUUACAACAACUACGUCCAUUCACUAUCCAUUUUACUUCCUUACUGGCAUGCCACACGAGAGGGUCGUCCCAUAUCGACAACCGAGGAUGAAGUCCGCUUCACAAACGUCCUUGCCGAGCUCGUGGCUACGCAUACAGAUACCAUCCCCAUCCUAGCAAAGGGCUUCCUCGAGUGCCGUCGUUAUAUAUCUCCCGAAGAGGUGACUCGGUUCCUUGAGCAUCAUCUACGCGCUCGAAUUGGCACUCGUCUCAUUGCCGAGCAGCACAUCGCCCUGCACUUCAGCUCACAGUCGCAUUUCAACCCAUCGGCCAGCCCCACGCCGUGCCCUGAGCAUCCGUCCUACAUUGGCGUUAUUGAUACCGCUCUUCGGCCUGCUCAAAUCGUCGAGUCAUGUGCGGGCUUCGUCGCCGACAUUUGCGAGCUUCGAUAUGGCGUCCGGCCUCUGUUGUAUAUAGACGGCGAGCCAGACACCACAUUCGCAUUUGUCCCCAUGCAUCUUGAGUACAUCGUCACCGAACUCCUCAAGAACGCCUUCCGUGCCACCGUCGAGAGCAAAUCCAAGGAACCUGUAAUCGUCACUAUUGCCCCUGAACCCGGGAACCACCAGAACUCCCCACCAUCGCCGUCAAGCCUCCCGGCCAAGGAGCCCGCCCCUGUUGUCCUUCGUCCCUCAGAGGACGAUGAUCGCAGUGCUUUCCGUAGUGGAGCUAUAGCACCUCUCGAUGACAACGCCCCCGGUGUGACGAUCCGUAUCCGCGAUCGCGGUGGCGGCAUCCCGCCAGACGUGGCGCCUAGCAUCUGGUCCUACUCUUUCACCACCUUCACCGAUGACCCAGACAACGUCCCAGGCUCAGGCAGCGGUAACGACGGGCUAAGCGCCAUCUCGGCCGCCAGCACAGGUGGGAGCUCUAUUGCAGGCCUGGGCUAUGGGUUGCCCUUGAGCAGGGCCUACGCAGAGUACUUUGGUGGUGGCAUCGCCGUGCAGAGCCUAUAUGGCUGGGGCACCGACGUGUACCUUCGACUCAAAGGUGUAGGAAACCUGGACGGCAAAUAG